GGAAGGUGCUGCUGAGGGAGGUGCAGGCGCUCACGCUCCGCAGGGGGCAGUACACCACGGCCCGGCGCACGGCCGCGCUCCCGCAGCUGCAGUGCACAGGAGGCUCUGCCGGGUGUGCCCAUGUCCCCGAGGUGGUCCAGUGUUACAACAAAGGCUGGGAUGGCUAUGAUGUACAGUGGCAGUGCAAAGCAGACCUGGACAAUGCCUAUCGAUUUGGGCAAAUAGAAGUGAGCUGUGAAGGCUACGACUACCCGGAUGAUCCUUACAUCUUAAGAGGCUCCUGUAGUUUGCUGUUCAGUCUAGAGCUGACCAAGGAAGGUGAAAGGAAAGUGAAGAACUCAGGAAGCUUUGGCUCUAACUAUUAUCAGCCAUGGAAGGAUUCUUCUGAUUGUGGUUCUGGAGCAAUUGUUGUUGUUGUUCUUCUCAUUCUUGCAUUUGGAGUAUACAAGCUCUUCCUCAGUAACCAGCAGUCUCAGCAGAAUUCUGGGGACAGUGAUGGAUUUACAAGGCCUUUCUGGCAGGGUCAGCAGGCCCCUCCUCCUCCUGGCUUCAAGUCCAGCUUCACAGAUUACAACAGCUUUGGGACUCAUUCCCAUCAUGGAACGGAUUCAGGACCAGGAUUUUGGACUGGACUAGGAGCAGGAGGCUUGCUAGGCUACUUGGCAGGCAGUCACAGAGCACAGCCACGUUCCCCACAUGGCAGUAUCUGGACAGAUCCCACUGCUCAACCUCCUAUGAAUGGGUAUUCAAGCAAUUCCACACAAGGUAGCAGUUCAGGAACAAGAACUGCUUCUGGCUUUGGGGGCACAAAGCGAAGAUGA